AUGCUGUUGUCCGCCUGGCGGGUGCUGCUCGGCUUGCUUCUGCCCACACUUCUGGCACAGGGAGAAGCUUGGCAGAGGGGAGCCGCCCAGGCCCGGAGCAGCCCCAAGCCUGCCCUGCUCAGGCUGUCUGAUCACCUCCUGGCCAACUACAAGAAGGGCGUGCGGCCGGUGCGGGACUGGAGGACGCCCACCAUGGUGUCCAUCGACGUCAUCAUCUACGCCAUCCUCAGUGUGGAUGAAAAGAAUCAGGUACUGACCACUUACAUCUGGUACCGGCAGUACUGGAAUGAUGAGUUUCUCCAGUGGAACCCAGAGGACUUUGACAACAUAACAAAAUUGUCCAUCCCCACUGACAGCAUCUGGGUCCCUGACAUCCUCAUCAACGAGUUUGUGGAUGUGGGGAAGUCUCCAAACAUCCCGUACGUGUACGUGCGGCACCAUGGCGAGGUCCAGAACUACAAGCCCCUCCAGGUGGUGACAGCCUGCAGCCUCGACAUCUACAACUUCCCCUUUGAUGUGCAGAACUGCUCGCUGACCUUCACCAGCUGGCUGCACACCAUCCAAGACAUCAACAUCUCGCUGUGGCGCUUGCCAGAGAAGGUGAAGGUAGACAAGAGUGUCUUCAUGAACCAGGGCGAGUGGGAGCUUCUGGGGGUGCUGACGCAGUUUCGGGAGUUCAGCAUAGAAAGCAACGACUGCUACGCAGAGAUGAAGUUCUACGUGGUGAUCCGCCGGCGGCCCCUGUUCUAUGCGGUCAACUUGCUGCUGCCCAGCAUCUUCCUCAUGGUCAUGGACAUCGUGGGCUUCUACCUGCCGCCCGACAGUGGCGAGAGGGUCUCCUUCAAGAUCACGCUCCUCCUGGGCUACUCGGUCUUCCUGAUCAUAGUGUCCGACACGCUGCCCGCCACUGCCAUCGGCACGCCCCUCAUUGGCGUCUACUUUGUCGUGUGCAUGGCUCUGCUCGUGAUCAGCCUGGCCGAGACCAUCCUCAUCGUGCGCCUGGUGCACAAGCAAGACCUGCAGCAGCCCGUGCCCGGCUGGCUGCGGCACCUCGUUCUCGAGAGAAUCGCUGUGCUGCUUUGCCUGGGGGAGCAGUCAAAUUCCCACAGGCCCUCAGCCACCUCCCCAGCCACCAAGGCUGAGGACUGCUCAGCCAUGGGAAACCACUGCAACCACCUGGGAGGAGCCCGCGACUUGGAGAAGACCCCGAGGGGCAGGGGCAGCCCCCCACCGCCGCCGCGGGACGCCUCGCUGGCCGUGCGCGGGCUGCUGCAGGAGCUGUCGGCCAUCCGGCGCUUCCUGGAGAAGUGCGACGAGAGCCGGCAGGUGGCCCGGGACUGGCUGCGCGUGGGCUCCGUGCUGGACAGGCUGCUCUUCCGCAUCUACCUGCUGGCGGUGCUGGCCUACACCGCCACCCUGGUCACGCUCUGGUCCAUCUGGCAGUACUCUUGA